CAUUAAUACGUGUCAUGAUACGGGCGCAUCAAAUUCUCACCGGCUACCAGUGCUGCUCUCAUUUGUGCUUAUGCAUUUUCGGAGGGCUUCUGAUUUGGUUCACCGCAGCGAGGUUCGAGUGUCUGGCCGUGGAGCUGCAGAGCAACACGAAUGUUCGUACGUUGAUCGCAUGCAUUCAGAAACAGUUACGUUUAAAGAGAUACACGGAAGAUGUGAUUACUUGCUUUCGUUUCAUGGUACUUUUUGUUGUAGCGUUAUGCUCAUUCCUCAUGACACUGUGCGCCGUCAUAAUGGCCAUGAAUACACCGAUAAACGUGAAAUUGAUGUUCCUGCUGCUCAACAUGUAUUUCCUCAUGUAUCUCUAUAUGUAUGCAUGGCCAGCUGAUUACAUGAAAGACAUGAGUUUGAGCCUCUCGAGAAGUGUGUACGAUUUAACGUGGUAUGAACAAACGCUGGGAAUGCAGAAGAACCUACUGUACGUGAUGAUGUAUCAGAAACCAGUGACUCUUUCUAUCAAAUGU